GCGAGUGCUCUUUUAAAUGAAUGUGUUUGGUUUAGUUAUGUUUCAGUUUUUGUUAGAACCGGUUGCUUUACCAUAAGCGGGAGCAGUGCGCUUCAAGUAAAACAAAUCAACAAAUAACACGAAAUGACAGCAUUUGCUGUUUGUGAAUAGAUAGCGUGACAUAUAAAAAUAAAUAAAUAAAUAAACAAUUUCACUAAAUAAAUAUAAAAUUGUGCUAAAAUAUAGUUUUAAAUAAUAAAGUUGCCUGUUACUUUCGAGUGUGUGUAUUAUGAUUAAGUUUCAGAAUGAGUUUACACGCGCUGAGGCGGAGGCGAUACAGAGCGAGUUUCGGCGUAUGAAAGACAAUAUAUAUUUGGAUCAUGCUGGCACUACUCUAUAUCCGGAGAGCUUGGUCGAUGCUGCAGGCCAGGUGCUCAAAGAGAAUUUAUUCUGCAACCCGCACACAUGCAAGGUAACCGGUGAUAUCAUAGACCAAGCACGCUAUCGUAUACUGCAGCACUUCAACACAGACGCUACGGAAUAUGCAGUGGUCUUUACAGCUAAUGCUACGGCAGCAUUAAAGCUUGUCGGCGAAUGUUUCAGUUUCGGCGAAGACGAAAAUAACUCCGGUGCUUUCUACUACUGCCAAGAGAAUCACACGUCCGUUUUGGGAAUGCGUGAAGUGGUACGCACAAAUAGGCUUUAUGUUCUAACGAAAGAUGAAAUUUUGAAAAAUCUUUAUAAUACCACUAACGGUAUUAGUGAACAUGGUAUUAACGGCCAAGGGAGUGUUGGUGAAGGAGACACACGAAAAUGUAAUUCGCUUGUGGUCUUUUCGGCGCAAUGCAAUUUCAGUGGCUAUAAAAUGCCACUGGAAACCAUCGAAGCCAUACAGAAGAAUGGUUUGUUAGUGCUAGGCACACAGAUUAGGGGUGAGGAAGAUGGCGAAGAUGCGUGUAAGGAUAGCAAUUUUUACAUAUGCCUGGAUACAGCAUCCUACGUUGCCUCCAAUUUUCUGGAUCUACGCCGGUAUAAGCCAGACUUUUGCUGUAUUUCAUUUUAUAAAAUGUUCGGUUUUCCCUCCGGGGUUGGCGCAUUGCUGGUUAGCAAACGUGGUCAAGCCGUGCUGAAUAAACGCUUUUACGGUGGCGGCACCAUCAAUAUAGCAAUGACACGACUGGAUUUUCAUGAGAAGCGCGCUCAGUUCUCUACACGUUUCGAAGAUGGCACUUUACCCUUUCUUACAAUCACUUCGCUACUUGAGGGCUUUCGCACGUUGGAGCGUCUAGUGCCUCCCACGUUACAGCUGAAGUCCGUGCAGCGUAUUAGUGCACAUGUCCACCAGUUGGCCAAGUACUGUCAUGACUCGCUCGCCGCGCUGCAUCACACCAAUGGCGCACCGCUUAUAGAGUUCUACAACUACGAUGGGUACGAUGAUGUCGCGCUGCAAGGUGGUGUCGUCACCUUCAACGUGUUGCACGAUGAUGGCUCUUAUGUGGGUUUUGCGGAAGUUGCCUGCAUCGCUGCUGUGCAUAAUGUACAACUACGCACGGGUUGUUUCUGCAAUCCUGGUGCCUGUCAAUGGUUCUUAGGCUUAUCGAAUGCCGAUAUACGCAAACAGUUCGAAGCGGGUCAUGUCUGCAGUGACUUCACCGAUUUGGUUGAUGGUUUGCCCACUGGUGCGGUACGCAUGUCCUUCGGCUACAUGACACGUGCGUCGGAUGUGGACAAAGCGGUGGCAAUGAUACGUGACUGUUAUCUAACCACAGCAGCUGAACGUUUGCGUAUAAUGGAGCGCGCAGAGCUACCCGAAAGGCUGCGACAUGUAUCGCAGCGCUUGAAGCCACAGCUGAAACGCAUAUGUAUUUAUCCUAUAAAGUCAUGUGGCGCCUUUGAGGUGACGAGCGCGUGGCAACUGACAAGCAGUGGUUUUAAAUACGAUCGUGCGUGGAUGAUUGUCGACGUCAAUGGUAUGGCGAUUACUCAGAAGCACUUCACAAGAUUGUGCCUAAUUAGACCGGUUGUGAAACUUGAGGAGGGAAUAUUAGAACUACGCUUUCCCGAAAUGAAACCCGCACAAGUGCCGUUAGAAAUUGAUGAUGUGAGUAGAGCAAAACGCAUAGACUCCUCCUUCUGCCAAAGCAAGGUGUGCAAUGAUUUGGUGGAGGGUUUAGACUGCGGCGAGGCGGUAGGACAGUGGUUAUCGGAUUGUUUGGAAGCAAGUGGUUUGCGUUUAGUGCGUCAAAAUGCUGAGCGACGUACACAAGAUGGUGUCUCAAAAGACAUAAGCCUAGCUAAUCAAGCACAAUUCUUACUAGUGAAUCGUGCGUCGGUGCGUUGGUUAGCGAAUAAAGUGGAAACGGAAAAAGAGCCACUCGAUCAGACAGUUGAUCGGUUUAGAGGAAAUCUAAUACUCGAAACUGCAAGCGCGUUUGAAGAAAAUUCAUUCGAAGAAAUCAGUAUUGGUGGUGUGAACUUUAAAAUGGAGGGAUUUUGUACUCGAUGCCAAAUGGUUUGUAUUGAUCAGCACAGUGGUCAAAAAACAAAUGAACCGUUACGCACAAUAGCACGUGAAUUCGGUGGCAAAAUUCGUUUUGGUAUAUAUUUGUCCCUUAAGGAACAACCAGCGGAAAAUACACUUGUUUCCUGUAGCGAAGAGGUGCGCAUUAAGAAGCAAGAAGAACACAGUGUAGAACAAUGAAAAGUAAGGAUGGCAGAUAAACAACAAAUGCAUAUCAACUACAUAAUAUAUGUAUAUGUAUGUAUUAGGAUAACAAAUAAAAUCCUGCAUUUAUAAUUUAUGCUUAGAAUCGUAUACAAAAAUAUGCCAGUAAACGUAUUAGACCAUAACAGUGGUGCUUUAACAUACAAAAUUUGUAUAAGUAAUUUUUUUGUUUAAAUUAUAUUCACAAAUAAAUAUGUAUAUGCGUCACAAAUU